AUGGAGCAAGACGUCACGACGCUCUUGGAUUUUCCCCGCGAUGCACCAUCAACGUGCGGGCUGUCGUGUGGCAUCAACGUGCGGGCCGCUAUGUGGCAUCAACUAGUCUCAAGCAACGCUUUGGGUCCAGCUCUACGGCUCACGCAAUGUGCCAUCAAUUGUGAGCCGCUAAGGAUUAGUAGCAUCACUAUAACUACGGCCUACAAGUUCCCUCAGAACAGCAGAGUGAUCGUGGCAACAUCUGCCCUCCCCAUAACAGACUGUGUUCUCAGACUAUAUGCUAUGGUGGAGUCUUAUCAAGAUACGCGCUUGUCCAGCCCCUACUCAAGUAUACUCGAAAGAGACCAAUACUUGGGCUCAGACUUUGCUCGGAUGAUGGAACGGGGAGGUCACAUUGCCACGAUUGAACCCACGGAUUCUUAUGAGCAAGCAUUCUCUAGUACGGCUGAGGUUCACAGUGGACCACCAAGUGUUUUGCCUAUCAUAGAUAGUGAGUUGCUGCACCUCUCCAUUGGCCCGAAGCGUUAUUUAGUCCAGACGCUGACAUAUAUUUUCCGUAUUUCUGAGGCCAAUCCCAUUGGUGGUGACCAUGGCUCUUCAUCUCGACCGUCUUCUUCGUCGCGCCCCAAACCUGUCACGUCUAUCACUCAAGUACGAUUCACACAGAACAGGGGCGCAAACCGAUAUCCACUGCCGAAGAACCCAUAUUCCAUCUCGUUCCGUGCUCCUGGUCAAGCUCAGAAUGGUGUCGUCGCUACUGUACACUGCGACAGCUCCAAAAUUGAGCGUGCAGAGGAACUUGUCUUUGUGGACCACGAAACAGGAACCAUAAACAUACGUUUUCGGCCAUCCGCCGAAUUCAAGUCAAAGGGUUGGUCUGACUGGGACGGCACGAUCAACGUUAAGAACGGCAAAACGCAAGACGGAAAAUACAACCCAAUCACGCGUCGACGCCUUUUCGAGCUCAUUUCUGGUCGAUUCAAGGGAUGUAUUGAGGGUCGUCGCUCCUCCAGGGUUACCAAAACGCCCCUCAUCAACCCUUUCCCGACCGAAGUCACGCUCAAUCGCAUCGAAAUUCGUACAAUUUACCAAGUAUCGCACGGAUCGUUCCAGGUAGUCGCGGAGAGUGUAAAGAUCAGAAUAGGCGUGGAACAGUCUCGACUGGAGGUCCCAGCCCUGGAGGAGUUUUCUACAUGCGUUUGCUUCGUAUAUGUAGGACGCCCUGCCGGCUUAGGCAUCGUCCUCCCUGCAUCCGUCAAGAACGCUGCUUAA